UCCACACGGAAUGAGCGCAGCUCUCUCUCUAUAAGCUGUGCAGCCUUGAGCAGCGGAGAGCCACAACACAGAUGUGUGUGUGUGUCGCCUUCGAGCUCUCUCUCUCGCUCUGUGUCUCAGCAUCGCUGCAGUGAUAAGGGUGAACAAUUGCCAAACAUUGUUGUCUUGCUACGGCGUUAGAGCGACAUCCGGCACGGCGUUCAGUUCAGUUCCAAGUGUACGGAGGACAUCAGCAAGUUGGCUUUGAAGACAAAGUGGGAAGAAGGGUAGACUUGCAGUCAUCUUCUGUAUGUCCAUUAUUAUUUAGGGUCGUAUAUUCGGCUAAAUCUAUUAGCCCCGAGACCACCAGCUUACCCACAUUUGCUGCUUGCAGAUCGGACUUUUAAUGCGUUGCGAUUGUUGAGUGUUGUUGGUCGGUCUAAAUUGAAAUCGCUGGGCAGAGAAAUCUUUCAAAUAUCCUGCACGUGAAUCGCAGCUCACCAUCGUUUUGGCUUUCAUACGGGAUGUACAUUCCAGUCUACUCCUGGGGCUACUCUGACAGCACGACUGCGAUGCCAAGCGUGGGUCUGCAGGACCUGCCGCUGAAUCUCGUCGUCUUUGCCACCGGCUCGGCCGUGUUCGUCUUUGUUCUGAGCCUCAUUUUCUGCUGCCAUCUCGUAAAGUUACGGCUCAAAGCGCAGCGUGAAAUUAACAAGUACAAUGAGGUCAUCAAGAAAGGAAAAGCACGGAACUUUGACUGCUACGAGACUUGUGCCGUCUGCUUGGAGGACUUCACGCUCAAGGACAAGCUGGGCAUUUGUCCGUGCCGGCACGCCUUCCACCGAAAGUGCCUGGUGCGCUGGCUAGAGAUCCGCAAGUCGUGCCCCAUGUGCAUCACGCCCAUCCUGCUGCCUGGCUCCAAGGCCAUCAGGAGCCAGGGCGAGCCGGCCUCCUUCGAGCCGACGCAGCGCCAGCGGCUGCUGCCGUCGGCCGAGUCCGGGGAUGCGAGCGACACGAGCGACUCCGGGGACCUCGGCCUCGGCGUGGGCGCCCUGGGGUCACCGAGCUCCUUGGGCUGCCCCGUCGACGGGCAGCGGAUCUCGCGAGCGGCGCUCUACGGGGCCGAAGGGCCCAGCGGCGGCUUCUCCGCGGUGUAAAUAACAAAAGAAGGGAUUCUUUGUUUCGUGACCGCGUGCCGUCGUUUGACGGCGGGGGGCACCUUGGCUCCAUUUUUUCCGGGGGUCGUCGCGACGGGCACCGGAUGCCGCCGCCGCCACCGACGAAGUUUGGACUUGCGAAGUUUUUAAAAGGGACUGUUGGGGGAGAACGCAAAGUUGGUGCGAGUGGUAGUGGGCCCAUCGUCGUGACGGGCCUGCGUUUACCAGUAUGGACGUUGGAAGAGCCCCGCUUCAGACCAUCGCAGGGCGUGCGCAGCAAGCGGUCUGUCGCGUCAACCGCUGUUGCCCGGUUGCGAAUGCUGCUGCUGCUGCCGCCUGCAGCUGCUCCCCUGUCACUCGCUAUGGGCACACGCUGUCAAGAGCUCACUUUUGCUCAGCAUCACAUCUGCUUUUUUUAUGCUAAUGGUCCGUUUUGUUAAAGAAAGGGGAGUCAAAAUGACGAGCCUUUUUUUUUGCAUUAUUUCCACCUUCGCUAAAAUUACACAGGCGGGGAAAGGAGACCUGAGUAAUAUAACAGAUUUCUAGAGGACAAGGCUGUGAAAAUGACGAUGAAUUAUAGUGUAAAAUACUGCAUCAUCUAUCGACAAAUAUUAGUAUAAGGAAAGCUUUGAAACAAAGUUUUGCUGUGAAGGAAUAACACCAAAGUUUAAAGCCACGUUAAAUGUUGGUGAUGUGUGGUUAUAGUUAUGAGGGCAACGCAGAGGAAAUUGUGAUAAGGACUUGAACAUUAUUAUUGUAAGUUAUUCUGUGUAAUACUGUACAUUUUUAUGAUAGUUUUUAUUUUUACUUAAAUGGCAAGGUAAUUAUGUUAUGUUUGUACCUGGUGAUGUGCAAGAUGUAUGAUUUUGGAGGUCUACAGAAAGUUUGUUAAUAUCAUUUGGGAUCAUUGGUACGCUGGCAAAGUUGAUCGUGCAAGGAGAGACCUCUAUGGAGAGUAGUUGGUUUGCUCUGCACAUAUGAAUUCACUGCAAACAUCACAUCUGCAAGACUGAAUAUGGAAUGAACCAAUUCUGUUACAGUGGUCGAUUUAAUUACCACGGUUCACCCUCCACAGGUGCCAUUCAUUGAUGCUCGAGUUGUAUUUAAUAUCCAGUGUUUCGCUCAGAAGCAAAAAGCCAAGAGGCGUAUGUUUGACUGAACAUAUUUCUAUUUGGACGUGACAGGUUGGUUUCAUGAAAUAACAUCUAUUGAAUUGGCCCUGGUUGCUCUUUUGACAAAGGCUGAAACGAAAUCCAUUUUGGGAAUGUAUCCCGUUGUUUGGAAAUGAAGACCUCUUGUGGGGUUUUCAUGAAAAAUCUGAACGUGAACAACCGUGAACAAGGUUGGCCUGUCCGUCGGCCACUUUACAAGCACGCGUCCAAAAAGGCCCAACAAUAUUGACCCGCUCCUUUCCGAACCAUAUUUUCGAGCAGAAGGCAAUGCUGACUUUGACGAUCAACAUUUCCACCACAAAAUAACAUCUUCAUCCAAUUCUUACGGUUCUAAAACACAUCAAUGUCAGACUUGUAGAUUAGCAACACUACCCUGUGCCUGAUUGUUUACAACUUGAAAUUUAUAAUUGUAAGUUAAAAUGACUACAAAUUGCUAUUUGAUAUUUAUUGUGAAAGCCUCGUUUUGUUAUUGUAAUCAUUAAUUUAUUUUUACAGUUAAGCUUUUAAUUUUUUUACAUAUUACAGUGUUAUUUUGUUAUGUUAAACAGGAUUUAUUUUUUACUAUUGCACGACAAUGUAAACGAUAGCUCGGCACAGUGUGGGAUUUUCUGCUUCAAGCGAUGGCAAAAUGUUUCCCCCUUUUGAGGUUAAAUCGUGAAACGUGAGUACAAUCGGUUUCUCAUCUCAAGUCUGGAAAUAAGCCCAAUAUUUGACACAAUGCCCCUUUUUAAGCUACAUCAGGUGAAACCACACUGGUAAAAACAUAGCACCAGCCUGGACAGUUACCCUGAACGUUCAGAAGAACGUUGCCCCAGGAGGUUGAAAACUAUGAGAGGAAGAAAAAAAGCUUGUCAAAUAUCAUGAAAGUGUUUAAAAAGAAUGUAUCAGGUCCGGUAUUCAUUGCGCGAUAUGCAAGGACUAUGGCCUUGGGAUUUAUGCCAUAAUUAAGAUGAACAAAAGGUAAUUUUGUAAAAGAAUUUGAAUUAGUUUUUGUAAAUAUAUAUACAGCAUCCAAUGUGGGAACAGACACCAAGUAAAAUACAGGCAGCAAACGAUUGCCUGCUUUAAUUCAUCAAUUAGAGGUGGCGCUUGUCCCGCGGGUUACAGAGGAGCAGUUUCAUUUAGUUAUCCAUACCAGUUUCCGAUCAGCGUGCGCCGAUGGUUCUGUUACUCUUGUACUCCGUGCGUGGAGAUCUCCUGGAGAAUGUUUUUCGCAGCCCAUGUUUACAUGGAGCAGAGGGGAGUGCACCUCCAGUUAGCACGGUUGGCUUUGUACGGUGCGAAAGAAGUUCACCAUACAUACAAGUGAAUACCUGAAGGUGCAAAGGAAAUGCCACAGUGCAAGCUAGCACGUCAAAAAAGUGUUUCAACAAAAAAGGCCUCUUCCAAUCCAAUUUAAUCCAAUGGCUAGUGACCACCCGCUUCGAGCUUACGUAAAUAUUAACGUUUCGAAAAUAUUCACCGCUGUUAAUAUCCGCAACGGGCCUGUAUCUUCUCGUUGGGAAGAACUAUCCUCUUAAAAAUACUGUGUAGAGAAAGUCUAAAGAACAUGUUUAUCUUUCUAUUCAAUUACUAAUCAAGUCAUUGAAUAGAAAUCUUAUUCCCCCCCCGCCAAACAUAUCACUGGCCCGCCUACACGUGUGCAAAAAUUCAGUGGAAAAAAAUCCUCUAGACAUAUAUACGAUAUAUCAAUGUAUACACAGCUGCCUAAAGAAAGACAAAACACAAGGAGAUAUCAGUAAACCAGGGUCCUUCACACUUGUACUCGCACCCACUUGCUCUUAAGUAGCACUGAAGCAGGGCAUUGCUGAACUCACGAAGGAACAAAAUGAAAGUCGAAGUUGGAGGGAGGUGAAGGAAAGACGCUGAUAAGGGUCGUGCGCUUCCUGGGGUGGCACGAAAGAUGCUCGGCUGGAUCGCGAUAGGAAUUUUUGUAAGAAACAUGCAGUCUCCCAUAGCCACCGUACUGCGGAUGUCACCAAUACUCAGUACAGUGUGUCCUCGAAAUAGCGAGCUAAUUCAGGGAAGGGAUGCCCCGGUAUAUCCACUUCAGUAACAAAAGAAACACCAUUAUUUGCAUGAAGACGAAAUUUAGCCCACUUGUGAAAUUGUUUUUGUUAUAUUUACAAAUUUAAAAGCGUUAUGAAAGGUAUAAGGAAAAACAGAACACUGAACCUGCCAAAAAUCAAACCAAUUGUGAAACACGCAAUCGAAUGGUACUUUAGUGCAAAAUACAUCACCCAAUUGGGACUGCACUGGCACGGAGUUUCUGAACAGUGUGGAGACGCAGUAAUAAGUAUAACCAGUAAAAACAAAGUUUUUCACUAUAAAUCCUUUAUAUGCGUGGCGGCUAGAGUCCUCUAGUCCUCUGGCUUGAGAUGACUGCCACCUAUGGGUCGGGUGAUUGCAUUGCACCAUUAAGCAAUUGGUAAUUAAAUAUAAUAUUUUUGUCCUAAAAAGUGUAAAAUUUUGGAAAUAAAUUUUCACGAACA